UUUAAUUUCCCAAUCAUAUAAUAUUCAAUGGUGGAUUAUUCUAAUUUUGUUCCUUUUCGCCGUUGCUUCCCACUUUAAUUUAUUUUUUUAAAUUAUUCCUAUGACCUUCUCGAUAAUUCUUCCGUCUUAAGAUUCUCGCUUCCCAUUCUCUCUCUUCUUCAUAUUCUUAUUAUCCCCGUUCUCCUCUUCGCGUUCGCUUCACAAAUCUCUCAAACCCCUUCGCAAAACAGAUCAUUUUCUUCGUAGAUCGAUCUCUCUCGGAGAAGCAGAGGACGAUCCAAUCUGAUCGAACCCGAUCGGCGAAAUCUAAAAGCGAGAUUCAAUUUCCGAUUACGAGAUCUCGAAGCGGAGGUUAAAUCAGAUCAAUCCUUUAGCCAUGGCAGAAGAGCACCGAUGCCAAGCGCCCGAAGGCCUCCGUCUCUGCGCGAACAACUGCGGCUUCUUCGGCAGCCCAGCCACCAUGAACCUCUGCUCUAAAUGCUACCGGGACUUUUGCCUCAAAGAGCAACAAGAGGCCUCGAUCAAAUCCACAGUCGAAGCCUCUCUCUCCGCCUCUUCUUCCUCCUCUGUCUCUGCUCCUUCUUCUUCAUCGACUUCCUCUUCCUUUUCUCCGGUGAUCGAGACCCUCUGUCAGCCUCCUCCUCCGGCGUUGACCUUGCCGGAGGUGGCCGGAGACCUAGUCGGACACAGCGCCGGAGAUGUCCGGCCACCUGAGGUGGUUGCGGUGGUCUCGCAGCCGAACCGGUGCACCGUUUGCAGGAAACGGGUCGGGCUGACCGGGUUCAAGUGCAGGUGCGGGACCACAUUCUGUGGGGUCCACAGGUACCCGGAGAAGCACGCGUGUUCGUUCGAUUUCAAGACGCUUGGGAGAGAGGAGAUCGCCAGAAGCAACCCCUUGGUCAUUGCCGAGAAGCUCGAGAAGAUAUGAUCAGGACCGUCGGAUCCGAUUACUCGGACAAAUUUGUAUCAAAAAGAUGAACGGAUGGAUUUAAUUUAAAUCAGUUCGAAGAACCGUUGAUCUGAUCGCGGCCGUUCAUCAUGCACGUGUGGGAAUUAAGUUGAUAUAAAUAUUUCUCUCUUCACUGGCUUUUAAUUUGAUAUUAGUUUCUGGGAAAUAAGUUAUUGUGGGCUUUGCUUUGUAAUAGUUGCAAAAAACGAAAAAAUUUCUAGUUUGGGAGUGAAAUUUCGGGUCCAAUUCCUUUGUAGAUUCCUCUCUCUUUUACUUUUAUCCUCUGUAUCUUUAUGUUGC